AUGAUUGGUCGGCUCUUUCCACGGACACUCUUGCUCGGUACACGCGGGUACACGACGCGCACCGCACGCCGCGAGCUGCCACCCGUGCCCAACACAUUCCCCCUGCUGGCCUUUGCGGCCACCGCAGCCGUCGGCAGCUGGGGAGCAUUUACGGUGUAUGCGACGAACAAGGAGAAGCUGUCGUCGAGCAUCUUCAAGUCCAUCCUGGCGCAGGUCAAGUCGUCAGCCUCGGUCCACUCGCUCCUCUCGUCAACACCGGUGCUCAAGCGAGAGCUGUGGUUGGGAGGCGUGCCGCAUGUGAAGGGGGCGGUGAAUAUGAUGCAGGGCCGCGUGGAUCUCAGCUUCAAGAUCACCACCGACAAGGAGGACGACCAGGCAACAGUGUACUUCACCAGCAUCCGCGCGCAUAAACAUGCGCCGUUCGAGAUCAUCCGCUUCCUCGUGGUUAGCGACAAGGGCAGCGUGAGUCUGCUCGAUCAGGGACUUAGUACGAUCGAUGACGAGGGCGAUAUUGUAUAG